GAAGGUCAUCGCGAUCAUGAACGUCUCCGUCUCCUAUCCUAUACAAAUGCAGAUAUUUUUCUCGUCUGCUAUUCUGUAGAUAAUCCAGAUUCCCUUAAGGAUGUCAAAGAAAGGUGGUUUCCAGAAAUAAAUCGCCAUUGUCCGGGAAUUCCAUUUUUGAUCGUUGGAACUAAGAUUGAUUUGCGAAAUGAUUCUAUAAUAGUUGAGAAGUUAUUACGUCAAAAUAAAAGUCCUAUAACAGUAGAGCAGGGCGAAAUGCUCGCUCAAGAAUUGAAAGCGGUUAAGUAUGUUGAGUGCUCUGCUUUAUCACUAAAAGGGAUAGACACCGUCUUCUACGAAGCGGUUUGUGCAGUUUUAGGACAGUGA